ACACGUUGAGUGCAGCAUCGCCAAUCAAAGUUGAAGAGUUCAAGUGAAGUGACGGCUCGCCAAAACCACAGCACAAAUAAAUAACAAAAAGCGCACAAAACAACAACAGCAACGAGCAUUUGUGAAUGCAGGCCACGGCGCACGAAAGAAACAAAGCGGAGGUGGCACGGCCAAUSCGAACAAAAGAGGAAAUAAAAUAAUAGACAAAUGAAGUAAAAAGCAGCAAAGUGUGAAGGAAGUGGAAAACUGUUAACAAAAACAAAACAAUGCWAUAAAGGAAAUUUUGCGGAACGAAUACGAUUGARUAAAAUUGAUGCGCCUAACCGAGCAGCUGCUGCUGCCGAAAACAGCGGCCAACGAAAGGAGCAACAGGAAUCAAUAAAAAGCAAGCUACAACAACACCAACAUUAAGUGUAGCUAGAAAGCAGCAAACAAAACAGAAAAGUUAAGCUGAAGACGGACACAAAACAUAAUUGAAAUUGAAGAGGGUCCACAGACGGCCGCCUGAAACGUGACGCGUAAAGACUUGCAGGCAGUCAAGCACUCGAGCAAGGCGACCGGAAGACAACAAAGCGCGAGUGCCAAGUAGACGCGGUGUACACCGCAAUGAAAAAGCUACCCGUGGCUUUGUUGGCCAGCACUUUGCUGCUGUGGCAGACGACAGCGCUGGCGGGACGCCUCGUGAAGCGCAGCUACUCUGAUCAAAGCGUGCACGGCUACCAGACGGAGCGCACAUGCUGGUGGAACGAGGUGUGCAAGGAGGAAUUCCAAAAUCUCUUCCGCUGCAAGUGUCCACAAUUCUCAUACUGCCGCUCACCAGGACGCUACUACAAUGCGUAUUGUUCAAUGACCGACACCGGCUACAUAUGGACGCAGCCAACAUGGGACUGGGUGCCUUGAAUGCUGUCACCGCCGGUCUACUGCCUGCAUAUUUAAGUGCUUAACACACACACGUAUAUAACACAUACUCAUACUUAUGCACCCACAUAUGCCUAUAGUUAAGAUAGAAAAUAUUCAAAAGCAACGAAACACAAUGAAAAGUCGUAAAAAUACAUUUAUUAUUAUAUUUAGUACGUASUAUAGUCUUACAUACGUACUURCAUAUGUAUAUUGAAGUUGUUCUAGGCACAAAAAGUGCUUAUUAUUAACACAAUCAUACUAACGGUGCUUUAAAACACACAUUCAAGCGAAAAAAAUAUUUUACACAAACAACAAAAACACAUUCCCAAACAAAUACAACGAAUUAUAAUUACACCSUUACUCACAAAAAUAGUUUAUGUAUUUAGUUGUAGGACAGCUUAAGCAUAUUUACUUUUAUAGUCUACCUUGAACCUGCGCUUCAACUGCUUUUCAUAUAUGGUUAAAGACACUAUGUUGUUGUUUUUGUAGCGGCAGAAUUCUGCCGAGUUGACAGGCUGGAAAAAAAAAAUCGGGUCGGUUCCGGUCACGUAGACCCGACUGAGUUGGGGACGGUUAAUGCAACUACAUACAUCAGCUGAUACGAUUUGAACCGGACUGACAAAAAACUACAUAAAUUUUUAUGUAUUUUAAAACACGUCUUUAUUAGCUCUAGAGACAAAACAAGAAUGCCAAUGUUUAAUACAACUUUCUGUACACAUUUUAUAAGCCUCGGCUAAGCGAAUUUUCUUUUUUUUUUUUCGGUUUCGACUCUUUAAAAUGCCAUUCGCUAGAUUAUUGGAUACUUCCGACGUCAUAUUCUUAACUGCUGUUACCCCUUGAUAAAUGUAGAGUCGUCAGCAACGUUAUCACGUAUCUCUUUUCUUACCUCUUUACGUCAUUUUCSCAAAGGUUUUCAGGGCUUUUGGUACGAGUGAAGUAUUGAUACGCUUUAUACCUAGAACAUUAACCAAAAUGUGUUGAGUUGAUCUAUAAGAGAUCCUGCGAUCUUCUACUAUAUCCUCGAAUUUUGAAGGACUAUUUCUUAUAUUUUUCGGUGUUAUUAACAGAUGAUUUGAUUAAGGCAAAUAUUCGAUGACUUCAAAACCUUCACUAAGUCAUUUAUGCCACUCAAAUACUGUAUUCUUGAUAAAAUGGACUCCAUAAAAUACUUCAUACCAUAUAUCAUAAAAUAUUUCAUUACCUCAACUUCAAGAGUUAUGGACCAGUCGGGGUCUAAAUUUCAAAAUAUGGAGAAUAUACCGUAGAAUUCUGGACUCAUUUAUUUACCAAGUCGAAAUCGCUUAUAUUAACUAGACUAUAAUUGAACCUCAACAUAGCAGUUGUCUCAUUAGAUGUAUUCUAGACCCUUGCGUUUCUCGCARAGCUUUACUCAGAAAGAAUGUUAAAAAAUAUCCAACAAUGAGGUUGUUUACGUCAAGAUUUUAUAAAAAACGGUCGCAAAAGCUAAAAUAAUUCGAUUCUGAAAUAAUAUUCCGGUCGAUCUCAGUUUGACAAACUCUACUAUGUAAGAUCCAUAAUUAUUAGAGAAAUAUUUGUUCAUUCUUGUUGUUGUAAAGACGGAAAAAACAGUCGACAAUUAUUUUAAAAGCAUGCUGCCAAAUUGACAGUACUUAGUCGAGUCAAAAUCCGGRCUCAUUCCGGUUAUGUAGAUCAAUCUGUCGUGAGAGCCUGUUUUAAGAGUGUUUAAGGAGUUACAUGGAUUGUCUCGGGUAAAAAACAGCC